UUUUGUUCAAAAUGGUAGACAGUUCAACUUAGGCCAUCACUGAAAUUAAAUUGCUUAACACAAUAAUUCGACUUUAAUAUUGUUUAGGCGACAAUCAACAACUUACAUAAAAUUGAAAAUGUUUGUGAUCUUUGUGAUGAAUGAACAUAUGGAUUAAAUAAAAUGAAGAUGUCAGAAAAAAGAACCAGUUUAGCUUACCAGGGUUUAACAGAAAUACCAGUACAGUUGAUAAAACAAGGAUCUGAAAUAGAGGAACUUGAUCUGACAAACAACAAGAUCUCAGACUUACGCUUCCUGAUAGAUUUUCCAAACUUGACAACGCUUAUAUUAGAUCACAAUGGAAUCAAUUCACAGGUCAAAUUACCCAAGAUGCCUUGCCUUCAUACAUUAUGGGUCAAUCAUAACAAAAUAUCAAAUCUUGGUACAUUUAUAUCAACUCUUAGUAAAAACUGUCCUAAAAUGAAAAUUUUAUCCAUGAUGAAUAAUGAAGCAGCUCCAAGCUAUUUCAAUGGUGGAACAUAUCAACAAUUUAUGGAUUAUAGAUAUUAUGUUAUUAGCCAGCUGCCUAGGUUAGAGAUAUUAGAUGACAAGAAAAUAGAACCAAAUGAAAGAGAAGAGGCAGUGAGAAUAUAUAGGCGAUCUGUCUCAAAACCAAAAAGGAAAACAUCUUUAAAGAAAAAAGCAAGUAUGGAAAAUGUUGGACAAUCAAACCUUGAAAAUGGUGGACAUUCAAACAUGAAUAGAGUAGAAGAAAGGAAUACUUUGGAAGAUACUCAAUAGCAUGUUUUUAUUUAUUUGUGUGAUAUGUCUUGUUUUUUGUAAACAAAUUUAUCUUUGUGUCUAAGGCCAAAUAAAAGUAUAUGUGGGGUUCCAGUUACCCAACUGACCUUAGUUUAAACCCCCGAUCCUAAAUCUUUUCUUUCCAUUUCUGAAAAAUUAUUUUGAACGAUUAAAUGUUGUGGAAUGUGAAUUUAGAUAAUUAAAUUCAAAGACUUCUGUCAUCUGAGUUUCCAUUAGAAGUAUCCACUAUGGCUAAAAUGCAGCAAAUUCUUAACGGAAUGCAACAAAAUUAACAAAAAAUGUAACAUAUCUGUUUAUUUUUCAACCAAACAUAUGGAAAAUGGCGAACUUUCAACAGGGAAUCUGACUCUAUCACACAAUUUUUUUCAGGAUUUUGACAAUCCAAAAAAAAAAUUCAAAUUCAAAAAAAUUGCCGACCUACCGACCCUUUUUUUUUUCCGGGAUGUACCUGGAACCACACAUAUACUUUUGUUUGCCCUAAUGAUGCUGUCAUAUUGACAUACACCCUAAAGCUGUUCAAAGCAUUUGUGUUUAGUGCCAGUCUUUUUAAGCAAUUUACAUUAUUUCGAAAAUUUCAAAACAUUGCAGAAAAUAACCUGCUGACCUAAUCAUUCUAUUCUGAAUUUACUCUCAUCAUGAGCUAUAACAGGUAGGUCUUUCUUUUCUAGGUGUCUGGUAAUUUGAGAAAUCCCUAGAUAACUUUUGGUUACAAUGAUAGCAAAUUUUUGAUUUAGCUCCCCUUAAUUGUUAAUUUCUAGUACAUUUCAACCAAAUUAAAUCUUAAAAUACCAGAACAGGAAAAGGAAAGGAAUGAUAUAUUCAUGAAACAUUAUACAUUCUAAACUUAAAUUAAUGUAAACUGGAAUGGGUUUGUGUUUUUCAUGUUUUCACCUCUGACUGAUUCUUAGGCAACUUGGCACUUAAACUCUUUUCUUGAAUUUUCUGUCUUUUUGUU